GCUCGUGCGCAGGCGCAUUGCCGGCGGCAGCCAUUUUGUGUGUGUGUGUGUGUGAGAGAGAGAGAGAGAUGGUACCUGUGGCCAGGAGCUUGCUGUCCCUGGCGGGACGCAGCAUUCGCCCGGUUAUGACGAGACAAGCUCACCACAGAGCCGGUCCUGAUUUUCAUGACAAAUAUGGAACAGUUAUCCUUUUGGCGGGAACAACAUUCUGUGUUGGUAUCUGGUCAUUUGUUUCUACGCAGACCGGAAUCACCUGGAACUUUUCACCAGUAGGCAAGGUCACCCCACAAGAGUGGAGGGAGGACUGAUGGAAGAGACGGUGUGCAGGAAAUCCUGAGUAAACCUUACGCAAACGUCCUGAACUAUAAAUCACUUCCAGCCCACUUACAUUAUUGCGCUGAUGUCUGUAUAUUUGGUUUCAUGGUAAAUCAAUAAAUUAUAAAAACUUA